AGGACGUGGUGAAAAAGGAUGUGGUUGAGAAGGAUGUGGUGGAGAAGGACCAGCCAACUCUAAGCGAAUUGUGAGCGAAAAAUCAGCCGAGCGAUCGUAGCUGACAACGUCCUGCACGCAGAGCAAGUGUCAUGAAACAAGUAUUGGAGGUUCUCCAGGACUCGACGAUUGCGUCGAAGAGCGGCAAGGACCAUUGCUCUCGUUUCUGGGGUGUGUACAAAAGAGUCGCAGAGGAGCACGACAGCGAGUUCCUUGAGCGAUACACCAGCGAUAUGGACAUUGUCUUGGUCUUCUCUGGUCUUUUCUCCGCCGUCAGCACAUCUUUUAUUGUGGCGAUGGAGUCCAAUCUCAGUCCCGACCCCAGCGACACUACGAAUGCCCUUCUCACACAACUCAUACAAAUCGGACUCGGGAACCUCACUGCAGCGGGUACUGCAGCCGCAGCACCAGGAUCUAUGUGGUCGCCGUCGGCAACAACUGUAUGGAUUCAAAUGAUCGCAUAUGCAAGCUUGUCCAUGAGCUUGCUCGCUGCUUUCGGGGCCGUACUAGGCAAACAGUGG